AUGACAACAUUGCCUGUAAUGCACGUCGCCGUUGCGCGUGGGCUUUCGGCUACAUCCACGGUCCCAGAAGUCAGUGAAACCACUGAAAUGCCUGCGACAGUGACACGAAUGGAGACUGCUGCAACGCCGGAACAGAGCCCACGUAAACCCGUAGAAAUAUCGACGUCUGUCGUAGUUACAGAGGAACAGGCAUCUGAAAUGCAAACUGCUGCGUCCCCAUCGGCCGCUGCUACCCCACAGGGGGAAUCUCCGGCAGGCUACGAUCAAAGCCCACAAAGGGGUACAUCUCCCAGACAAACUAAAAAACGGAGAGUUGCCCGCCAGGGUGCAGAACAGAUUGCACCGGUUCUACGCGAAAAGACUAAACAGAUAGGUGAACAACUCAGUGGAAAAACAUCUGAUCGCACAAACCAUUAUCAUCCCUCAGCCAGCGUACUAUCAGUCCUUGACAAUGUCUCAGAGUCUCUACCUCUGAACCCCGAACAGUCAGCUAAACUUCGAGACGACUGUGAUGACCGCAUGGUCCUAGUCUAUCCUGCUGAAGAGUCAGUAACCACCUCGACACGGCCACCGCCAACUAGUUGGGCAGACGAUACGGAAUCCAAUGGCGAAGUUGACAGUAUGGAUACUUCAGAAACGGUGACAGCCAUAACUUCAGUCUCCAAAGACGACGAUGUUAAUGAGAAAGAUAACGCCUCGACAAAAACUACUGCGCCAAAACAACGCGCGACUGAUCCCUUUUCAAACGGAGAAUAUUUUUAA